AUGGCAACAAUACUACGGGUUGAGGAGGCAGACACGGAGGAAAGGCAGAAGACGCAAGCGAAGAUGACAGACAAAGGAAGCAAAAAGGAGAGGUGCAUAGAGGAGAAGUGCCGCAGCGACAGAGAGAAGGAGGAGAGAGAAGGACCAACGCCUCCUUCCUUGCCUGGGGUGUCGAUGAGGUUCAGCACGUGGGGUUCGCUCGAUCCCCGUCCCUUUGUGAGGGACGAAUGGGCCAAGCAGUUCCAGAGGUUGCUUCCGAAGAGCCGAGAUACUGUGGACGCUGUCGCAGAGUCGAGUGCCAAACGUCUGGAGGGUUCAACAGGGUAUCCACGCAGAGAUAUGCGUGAAGAAGAGUGCGUACACCUUAAAAUCUGCUCAACGAAGGGGCAUGCUGGCAGCCCAAAGACAAAAGAGGCCACCUGUGUCAUGUGGGAGCGGCAAUUUCCCGCUUGCGCAGAGAGCAGCAGCAGCAGCAGCAGUUGCAGCAGCAAGGAGCUGGAGUUGGCGGAGAUGAAUUUCAGACAAAAUAAGAACUUCUUCAUUCAUUCUCGUGAACUCGCAAGGCCCCGCGCCUCCAAGCCCAGGCUGUGGAUCCCUGCUGCUACCCCAAGGGAAGUGGAGAACGGAAAUGCAAGUUAA